AUGAAGGACCUGGAGCAACAAGGUGUGUUUGUUGAAGCUCUGAAACACAUCUUAAAGGAAAAGUGUAUUGACAGUCUGGGGGCUCACAGUCUUGCUGGCCUUCAAGAAAUCUUUCAAGAUUUUGCCAAGUCAGCAAAGACGACAUACAGAUGCAAAUUCAGCUUCAAACCGCUUCAUAGCAGACUUGUCCUCUACAGCCCACGUCUGUCACAGACUCAGCUGAUCCUCAUCCGGGCCCGUCCGGCUCCAAACCAGCGGCUCUCCAGGAUCAAGCACAUCCUCAGCCAUCCUCAACCCCAGGUCCAUCCAGCAUCAGUCCGACAAACUGUGACGCAAAUCCAGCUGAUCCUGAGUCAGCUGAAGAAAAACAAACCAAAAGUGAAGAAGAAGAACGGCUUCUGUUCAUUCUUCAGAAGAACGUGGUGGACUGUGAAAUGUGCAACCAAACAGCACAACAAUUUGGCUCCACUUCCUCCACAGGAUGACACAGACUCAGCUGAUCCUCAGCCCGGUCCGUCUGGUCCUGAUCCAGCGGCUCUGCAGGAUCCCACUGAUCUUCAGCUGGAUCCAUCCAUAAGAACCGUCUCUUUCCCGGGACUGUCCACCCUCCCAUUUUCUGAGCUGUAUGUAGCAGAAGAGGAAGUUGGACGAGGAUUCUUCGGCAGAGUUUGCGAAGGGAUCCGGAAAUCUGAUGGCCAGCACGUAAAAUCACAAUCACUGUCGCCAUCAAAUUCACGACCAAGCGUGAAACAGACCGGUACAUCACAUUUCCUGGGGUUUCUGAGCCGCUGUUUGCAGAAGUGGCUCUAAACCUGCUGCUCAAUCGAGCUCCGCUGAGCCCCUGCAUAGAACACAUGCUGGACUGAUUUGAAGAGGAAGAUCGCUUCAUCCUCGUGCUGGAGUAUUCACAGCCCUCUAAAGACUUGUUCAAAUCCGUCUUCAGAGAAGCGCCGAGUGAAUCCCAGGCACGAGACCUGAUGUACCAAGCGGUGCUCGGAGCCAAGCACUGUCUGGACAGAGGCAUCUUCCACCGGGACAUCAAGCUGGACAACUACGUGAUCAACACCACCACCAAGCAGGUCAAACUGAUCGACUUCGGCUGCGGUGAAUUCGUCAAACGUGGCGGUCAUAAGGGUGUAUUUAUAGGAUACGCCUGCCCACCUGAGUACUUUGUGGACUUUGAAUACGAGGCCGAGCCAACAACUGUCUGGUCUCUGUGCAUUAUGAUGUAUAGGACAGUGUGUGGACGUCAGCCCUUAACAGAUGAACAUGGCGGCCUGAGUUUUCAUUCCAGAGUGUCCACUGCACUCUUGUGAAUCCUCACAGAGUUUCAGGAUCUGAUCACAUGGUGUCUGGCUCAUGAUCCAGCAGAGAGAGCGACUAUGGAGCAGAUCCUGCAGCAUGACUGGUUUCGGCAGGAACAGAUGUCAGCAGUCGCUCAGGAGUCAGACAGUAGUGUGACUUAACCCUCUGGGGUCGACAAACGCAUAUACGCGUUUUGAGGCAGAUUUUCCUGAUAAGGCCGAAAUGAGCUUGAAUUACUCUGCCAUUUUUGAUCGUACAGAUAAAAGCAAUACACCAUUCGAAUCUGUAAGGGGUCUACUUUUAUUUGUAUACACUCAUAAUAACAACUAAACUUUGUGCUUUUGAAGAAUAAAGAAAACAAACAGGGAGCGCUCUCUGUCUUCUCCGUCUCCGCAAACUGUUUUUAGAAACGUGUCACUAAAAUGAACUGUAACUCAGCAAAUACUCAACACAGAGACAUGAGAGUUAUAUCUAUAGAAAGCUUGAAGUGUCUACUUUGAAAUGAAGCAAGUCUUAUCGAAAACAAACAUUCUGUGAUGAAGUAAUCCGUAUGAAACCAACACGAUGUUCAAUCUUUCCCGUCUGACACAUUAUCUCUAAUGUGACCCCGCCCUCGCGCGGCUCGCGCUGUUCAUAUGUAAAUAGCCACAUGGUAAGUGCGCGCGUGCAAACGCCCAACAAACAAAGAGUGAGGAGAUUCAUCGCGGCUACUGUUACUGCUAGCGCUGAGAAAAGGCAGGAUUUCCCUCGAAAGAAGAACACGAUUUCAUCCAGCAGAGGAGAUCAAUCUGAUGAAUACCAGCACCAGAUGAAUCCUGAUGUCUCUUCAAACUGUUUUCCUCUGAGAGCGCUGCACCAACAUCAGAUGUUCAACUACACUGAUAUUAUAUGUUAAAACAAGCUCAUUUUCUACUGAUUGUGUUUUUUUCUUCUUGAAUCCAUGGAAAGAAGUAGAAACACUUA